UGAUUACCGCAGGUGACGAUUGGCAACACCUGCGCGGCGCUGAUCUGCGGCAACACGUUGCGAGGCUUUGUUUUUCUCGCGCUCUCUUCCCGCAGAGAGUUUCUCUUCUCUGACCGGCUUUCUUGUUUAUGAUGGGAAAACAAACGUUGGUGUCAGCUGCCGUCGGUUGUUUCUGUGCUGUUCUGUUCCUGCAGCUGGUGUCCUGCAGCCUCCCACUGGCUAGACCCUCCAGUGCGCUGUACAACCUGAGCGCCUUGACCUACCCCUACAGCAGCAUCCUCUCCCCGCUGCUCAAAGCCCUGUCAGAGCACGGAGUGUCCAGGUGGAGCUCGGGCCUGAGGAAAAAGGUGAAACCCGAGCACAGGUACAUGAAAUAUCUGACGGAAGUUUACAAGAAGUCAACCAGGAUGCAGAGGGACGAUGAUGGAGAUAAAGUCUACAACACUAUAAGGCUGAUAAAACCACAAGAUGAAUGCCCUGCACAAAGCAAUAAUGAAAGUUUUACGCAAGAUUUGUCCUACAGCCUUGAUCAAGUAAGAAGAAAAGAGCAGCUCCUGAAGUCGUCCUUGCUGUACAGUUUCAACCUCAACAACCAAGCAGCUGUCGGGUCCGUGUGUCACCUGAGCAUAAAAGAGCAUGAGCAAGACAACCAGUGCCAGCUGUGUGCCGGCAUCUCUCGUACCCUGAACCUCACGGCCAGCACACAUAAGAGGCGGCGUAAGAACUGGAUGGAAGUGGAUGUUACCUUGUUUCUUCAACCUGUGCAGAAAAGAAAUGUACACCUUCUUGUUAACAUCUCCUGUCCUGAGAAGCAAAGAGCUGGGAGCAAUGGUUUUAGAGGUCCUUCUGGGUUCGUCCUGAGGUCUCCUCCUCUGAUUCUCUAUCUCAGUGACACAAGCAAAGUUGCCCACCAGAGGUCACUGGUGAGUUCUAGUGCAGAUCUAAAGCCAUCCACUGCAUCAAACACAUUUCAGAAGCAGGUUUUCAAAUCUGCGCAAAGGCUUGGCCAUAAGAGCAGAUUGAGGAGGGCGUCUCCAAAGAGCGAGCGUGGAGCUAAAAGCCUGGACAUACAACUGCCAGAGCUUAAAUCCAGCUCUGAAUUCCCGACCUCUGACUGUGCCUUGUACGACUUUAGGGUGCAAUUCAGUCAGCUCAAACUGGAUCACUGGAUUGUUUUCCCACCAAAGUACAACCCCAGGUACUGCAGAGGCAUCUGCCCAAGAACAAUGGGCUUCAUCUAUGGUUCCCCUGUCCACACCAUGGUGCAAAACAUCAUUUACGAGAAGCUGGACUCCUCUGUGCCCAGACCGUCGUGUGUUCCCUCCCACUACAGCCCCCUCAGCGUCAUGAUCUUUGAAGAAGAUGGCUCCUACACCUACAAGGAGUUUAAGGACAUGGUUGCCACCAGGUGUACAUGUCGCUGAACUCUCAUUACAGCUCCAGUACUUGUUCCUUCAAACCAUCUCCAUAUAUCAGUAACUCUUACCAGACUAAAUGAAUCAUAAAGCUGUAAAAUCUGUAGCAGUAAAAACUGUCCAGAAGCAGGUGUGUGUUUACUUAACCUAGAAGUAUUUUAUCAUGUGAAAGGGGGAUUGUGGUGUUUUUUCUUUUUUUUUGUUGCCCUUUUUGUCAAGACAUAGGGUGCAAUUGCAUCCUAUUCAACUUGCUGUUAAUAUAGUUGACUUGAUCACUUGUUUAAAAAAAAAAUGUUUGUUUGCUUUUUAGUUUGUCUUUUGUUAAUUUUGUGUGAGUAGUCCAUCCUUAUUUAAUUUAACACAGCCAUUUUUUUUAAGUAUCCCUCUUCUGGAAAAGAAAAUAGGAAAUGCACUCCCAAACUCUUAUCAAACCUUUUACACAUACUUUUAUUCCCGGGGAUUACUGCAAGUCGCUGUCUUCAUAAUCUACAGAGUGAAAGUUGUCAGGGUUUCAGUGUAUAUUUAUUGUGAAAAAGUGCCUGUUCGAACUGACUAUAUGCUUGUAUUUGUACCGGUUGAAUGUGACUAAAUGAAUAUAUCUAUUUAUGCAAACUGGAUGAAUUGACUGUCUGUGCUCAGUUUAUGGAUAUACAAAAGGUCAUGAAAUGUGUAGACCUACUCAAAAAAGUGGGAAAAUAAAAAACAAAUAUGCAUAGA